AUGGCCCCUCGUACGACGAUCCGGCUUAAGCUAACGCGCGCAACCAAUUCUACAGAGACCGCGCCAAAGGGGUUCGAAGACAUCCCAGACGAGCCCAUGCCCGAUGCUGAAGCCAAUGAGGACGCCGACGCGCAACACUCCGAGCACGAAGAACCAACCGAGGACCCAGCUGAUGACGAUGACGAUGCUGAUGAUCAGCCAAAGGCGGGCGAGUCUGGAGAUGAAGCUGAGAAUAAGGACGAUGCCGAAUCCGAGGCCAAGGAACCCUCACCACCACCACAACCCGUUGUGCGCAGGAAGCGCCUCGGGCGGCCACCUAAGAACAAGCCUCCUGACUGGGAUCCUAUGAUCACGGUGCCUGCAGAUGAGGUUCGCGACACGCCCAGACGGCGGGGUCGUGGUGGUUGGAGGGGACGCGGCGGUCGCAAAGGCGGACCUGCUGCGCCCAAGGCAGAACAAGUGAUUGACGCUGAGGGCACAAUUGCCGAAAUCGCCAACGAUGAAUGCGUCCUGCCCGAGGAUCCAGAGGGAGAGGAGAAGGUGGACAAGCUGGGCAAUCUACAAGGCGGGAGGGACUAUCGCUGUCGCGUCUUCACCGUGCUGGGACGAGGGAACAGACUUUACAUGCUGUCGACAGAACCAGCACGUUGCGUUGGUUUCCGAGACAGUUACCUGUUCUUCACAAAGCACAGGAAGCUACACAAGAUUAUUGUGGACGAUGACGAGAAGCGCGAUAUGAUUGAGAGGGAUAUCAUUCCUCACUCAUACAAGGGACGCUCAAUAGGGAUCGUCACUGCGCGGUCCGUCUUCAGAGAAUUUGGUGCGAGGAUCAUCGUCGGCGGCAAGCGCAUCAUCGACGACUACGGCGUCACCCAAGCCCGUGCCGAUGGUCUUGUCGAGGGCGCUCUGGCUGACCCCGACGACCACUUCAUCCCUGGGGAGCCAUACAACAAGAACCAGUACGUCGCAUGGCACGGCGCCAGCGCGGUCUACCACACAAAUGUUCCUACUGUUCCUGUCCCCAGUGGCAAGCCCGAAUACAAGAAACGCAAGGUGAACGUCAACGACCAGAACUGGAUGCUUGAACAUGCUCGAGAAGCAAGCAUAUUUAACGCUGGCAUCAAUGCUAUCCGGAAACUAAACAAUGCAGGUGUUUACGAUAUUCACACUAAUGUUAUGCAAUAUCCCACUGUGAUGCAGCCUACCCAGGCUCGUAUCGAGCAAGUUACACCAGAAGAAGAGAAUGCCCAAGACACAUGCUCGUUUCCCCCAGUGCCGCUAAGGAUGGCGAGGAAUUUCUUCGUCACAGACACAGUUCUCGAGACACCACCAACUGGCCUUGCAUCGGCUGUGUAUGACAAGGCAGACCAGACUGACUUCCUGUCAUCAUUUAGCGGCUUGGGCGCUGUAUCAGAUGACAUCCGGGCUCUUCUUCCUGCUGAGUGCCGCGGUGCAUUUGACAAUGCGGUCGAGCAAGAGAAUCAAUGGAAAUCAAGAUGGGGACCUGAAACCACCAAUACGUGCCGGCGGGACCCCAUCAUCGACAAGGCAAUCGUUCCCUAA